AUGGACUCGACACGCAAUCAGUUAGUCUAUAGAUUCAUCUUGCUGUCAAUUUGCGCUUAUCACGCCUCUGCCGAGUCAAGCAUCGAGACCAUGAAGUCAAUUUCGGGAAUAAGAAUGGCCAGAAAAGAUCCCGAGCUAGCUGCAAAUGGGCACUUACUUGUUAGACGAAGCAGAGCUUACAAGCGUGGCUAUAAUGUUCGACGAGGCAAUGACGAUUAUCGAGGAGAUCAGAACAAUGAUUAUCGCAACAAUGACGCGAACGAUAAUAACGAUGAUGAUCAUGAUUACGAUCACGAUCACGAUCACGAUCACGAUCACGAUCACAUGAAGGCGAUGGUUCAACCUAAGGUCGACUACUGGGCCGGUUACUACGACUUUCUGAUAAACGAGGGAAGUUAUAAGUUCUGGGCAGUUUUUCAGCUUGCGACCGCAGCGUUACUGAUCUACAGCGGUUUCGCGGCACUCUACUACGCCAAGGUGAAUCCGCCAACUACUGACGACUUUGACGACAUAUUCCGUCGGCGGCGACGACGACGGAGACGUUACGUGCUUCCGGCGCGCGACAGACCCUUCGCAGGACUCGAUGCCGUUACGUUUCAAAGGAUAAUCGAGGCUGCCGACAAGGCCAAGAGAGCACGCUGACUUCUUGUUGCGCGCUGCGCGUCUUGAGACCGCGCGUUUCUCGAUAAAAUCUGAGUCGUUGCGAUUGAAGAAUCAAUCGUAUGAGAUUUAUCCGAAGAAAGAACAACUGUUUUUUUGAUUAAAGAUCACAGAACACGGGAAAGUUCUCGUUUAUAGCAUUGUAUGCAUUUUAUUCCUGGAAAAUUGUUUUGGAAUGAAAACCAUCGCAUCAAAUGUUUAAGCCAGUUUUUCAUUACAAAUAUCAAUGAAUUUAUUUGGAUUUAAAAGAAGUUAUUUUUAUAUUAGUUAGUCAUUCGACCAAGUAUUUUCUCCUUUGUAUUCUAUAAUUUUCAUCAAUAUUUUAAAUAAUGUUUGACAUUUGAUAAUGGUAUUCAUGGAAACACUGUCACAACUUUUUAAUUUAUGCAAUAUUAAAAUGUAUAUAAUUAAUCAUAUUGUUUAUAUGGAUGAUGUGUGUAUGCGUUCUUUAUGUAUCUGUGUGCGCAUUCAUAAGUUAGUUCAUAAAGUUUAAAUUUAUCUAUAUAAAUUCACAUAAAACUUUUUUAAUCUUUAAGAUGAAUUUUCUUUGAAAAUUUUAUAUUUUUAAUUCAGAUGUACAUCUAUUUCAUAUAAUCGAUUAUAUUUCAGUAUAGAACACAUUUCAGUAUAGAAAAAUCAGAUUUCUUCUGGGCAAUUUCACGUGCGCAAUUAAUUAAAUGGAAAAUAACGAAGAUAAAAACUCACUUGUGUAAAGGAAACAUUGUGAGAUAAAAUAAAACUUGUUUCUUCAUGGCUGAACUUUACACGCACAAAUAAAAAGAAAAGAAAAAGAAUUAAUUCGAUGUAAAAUUAUGAAAAAACAAGAAAGAAUAAACGAAUUGUGUGCGGUUGUCGUCGGCAUUGGUCGUUCUAGCCUUCGAAUAAAAAUAAUCAGAUGCGAUGAGAAAAUGCGAUGAGAAGUCGAGCAGUCUCCAAAAGGACCGUCCACUGACCGUCGACUAGACAGUGAUUGCACAGUGGUGUAUGUAAAUGUAUGCGCGCGCGGUCAAAACGUAAUAAAAAUCCCUCGGAAAAAAUGUCGAUCGAUAAAUCAAUAAGUGUAGCGCUAUAGCCGCCGAAGCACAGCACCGUCGUCGUCUGAUGAGGUAUGUCGUGAUGCGAUUUUGUGUUGUGUCCACUCGUGGGAAAUCAGAGAACCGCGUAGAGUUCACUACCGUUAGCGGAAUAACAAUGAGAGAGAAAACAACGGUGAUCCGAGCGUGAUUAUAAAUAAGAUUUAAUUUAAUGAGCGGUAUUAUGCAGUACCGCGUAAUAAAUGCAAACGGUGAGAUUAUGUGGGCAGGCUCUAAAUUGUCGUCCCAGUAAAAUUAUAACGAGAUAACGAACGCCGUGGUGACCUACUGUUUCCACUGCGUGAACGUUGCGAACUCGAAUUCACGCUCGUUGCACGGAUUCUUCUCUAAGAUGCAUAACGUAAACAUAAGAUGAGACUUGCAACUGUAUUCGGAUUACGGACAAUUAGGGAAUUAUUGUUAGACGAUCAGACUUUUUAGUAUAAAAAAUACUGAGGAAGAAUAUAUAUAAUUGUACUAAACAUAUAUUCUUAUAAUCAAAAUGAAAGAGAAUGCGAUAUAUUAAAGAACGACAUUCCUCUGUAUUCCGCAUUAAAAUCUCGCUAUAUGUAAUAUUUUAUAAGCCAGCAUUGAAGUCUCCACAACGAUGCGUGUCACUCGACAAGUGCGCGUGCACAGGUGCACGAGUUUUAGCACCGUGUGUCUUCCUGGGUAGCAGGAAAUAUUACGGUUCCAGAUUUUGCAAUUUUACGUUCAAGACCUUUUCUACCUCUCGGAGUAAGAAAGGUAUGAUUUAUGCUGUGCGCAUGCAUACAACGGUUCGCGUCUAGCGCUAACGUGACAUCAGCAGGAAAGUACACGGCACUUUUGUACUAGAAGAGAGCAGAUCUGAAAUAUAAAGCACCGUAACACAACUAUGGGAAUAGAAAAACUUGGCGGGAGACGAGGAAGAGAAAGAGGAGGGAGAAGAUUGGCCGGAACAACGAGGAAGCCGAAUAAUACCGGCGACGGCGAGGCGAUGGCGGCCGCUUGGCUCGUACGGGAAGAAGGAAGAUGAGGAACGGCCGAUGUACCUAGCUCUCGAGAUCUCGCGGACCGUCAGUCGCUGGUCAGCCGGCACGGAGGAAGGUCGUGGCAUUGUAUCUGCCUUCUGUUUCACUCUUCUUCAUUGCCAAUCGACAGAAACGUCGUUGCGCGUACAUCGCGUCCGCCUCGUGUGCACGUUUAAGAAGAUCCGCGAGCAAGCAGUGACAGAACAAUUUGUAAAACUCAUUUCUGGUUGCUUCUUAUUCUCGGAGAAGAGCAAAAUGAUUGCCAAUUAAUCGCACCUUCGAUGGUUGACGUUAUGAGCACACCACGAAUACGGAAUCGAUACGAGCUCGAAGACAGUAGCAACGAUAUCGAAGAAAUAGGAUCGACUGAGGAAAGUAGCGCGCACAAGUAUCUCUGAAGACCUGGGGAACAUACUCGCACUUUUAACGGUAUCUUCACGCAGCGAUACCCGGAUCGCAUUCCUUCGUCGCUUUUGAGGAAUACCGUGCAUGUGAUAGCGUUCCGCUCCAUCCCGAUAGAUCGAUUUACGAAAGCCGAAAGCUCUAAUCGAGGCUGCCGAGGCAGACCUGGACGUUAAACGCGUAAACUAGCGACUUGGCAGUUGAGUUUUAUCAGCAAGCGUAGCGGACGUUGCUUUUGCGAAGAUGAUAGCGCGAGGAACGCUUCGACAUGGAUAGACCCCGCGUGAACGUCGUCGCGAUGCAUCGUCGACGAGGAGUUUCGUAGAGCUGACGAGCGAUUAGUUUGGGUGAUUCAACUUGGAGAACGAAAGCGUUCGGUGAAUUUCUCGAAGAAUGACUUCCAUGUGCGGCAGCAACAAGGCACAUGCCACGAUGAACGCCGGUGGUUACUACAGACCCGGCCCUUAUGCUUAUCAAGUAAGUCUGCAAUCGACUAUCAAUUUAAUUAACUAAUUUAUAUAAUAAUAAUUCAUUAACUAAACAAUAUAAUUAAUAUACACGCAUGUACUGUUCCGGCCAGAUCUUGUAGGAAAUGUAAUUCUGAAAACAUUUCCUGUAAGAUCUCAAAAUCUGGCAAAAGUACAAAAGAAGUACCAAAUGAAAUAAAAUAAAUUUAA